CUUAUCACACUCCAGUGGUAAACAAAGUCAUUCCUCAGGGCAGGGAAUAGUUCAGGAAGUGUAAUAUGUAUGUUGUGUGGGCCGGGCUUUUGUAAAUGUUAAUCUCAGCUCAUUAACAUUAACCACUGGGAUUCUUUUUCUCUCUGCGAAUCAACAAUGCAGCCUUGUGAGAGGGCUUUUGCCGGAUUGUGCAUGAAGGGAGAUCUUGGGGAGCUGAGCACAAGGAGACAGAGAAUCAGAGAAAUGCUGAUCCAGAGGAUAAAGGUGAUUUUCUCUCCAAGUUGUUGGCAACUUCUACGCCUGUCAGUGGGACCUGAUGUAAGAUUAGUUGGAAGGUUCCAAAAGCAAAGCCAUCCCUUCAUGAGGAGCCCAGAGGUAGUGAGACACUAAGACCCAGUGGAGAGCAGGGAGGCUGGGUGCUGCCUGCCCACCCGCCGCCUGCCUGUCCGCUCUGCACGGCUCUGCAGUUGCCCUGGGCGCGUGCCGGAGACAGUACAUGUGUGUAUGAAAGUGUGUGUCCAAUCUUUGUGCAUCAUAGGCUGCUCCUGCUCACCUACCUGAAUCGGAGACCUGGCUAGAAGACAGCUGAGAGGAGGGAGGUGUGUGUGUCUGGAGGGAUGGGGAGGGGGCCGGUCAGCUUGGUUGGGUAUGAGUUGAUGACGAGAUGAAAGGGGCCAGGUGAGGAGGAGGCACAGCAGAGCCCCUCUCCUCUCUCUCUCUGUGAUGUGUAGUGUCAGUGUGUGUUUGCUGUGUGUGGGGGAGAGAAAGCUAAACAGGUCGGCUCUCCUUCUGUAGACCGUGAACCUGCAAAGGAGGAAGCAGCCCUCUCCAGACUAAGAUCUUUCCAACUGAAGGUCAUUUUGGAGAGAGUUCAACUUUUGGAGAGAGUUCAACUCCUAUGAUCGUCUGCAGUGCUCCAGGCUAAAGUCUACGAGGUGUCAGGGCCUCUACAGCUCCAGCUGCCAUGUCAGACACCACCACCUGAGCUUCUCAGUGACACCCUAUGACAGGGGAGGAUGGGUGAUGGGCCCGUGAAAUUUAGCGGACUCUCUCCUCCUUAUUCAUUCCUCUCAUGGAGCACCCUGUCACACCAAGCCCCUCCUGGAACAUUUCUUUCUCCGGCCUCCCCAUAUUCCCAGCCUCACUGCACCCGAAUAGCUCUAACGUGACCCCGCCCGUUGCAAGCAUCCGAGGUGGGGUGGAUCUGAACCAGUCCUUGGCGCUGUGUGCUAUGAUCAUCAUCGAUGUGUUGGCAGUGGUGGGGAACUUGGCGGUGAUGAUUGUCAUCACUAAAACUCAGCAGCUGCGCAAGUUUGCCUUUGUUUUCCACCUGUGUCUGGUGGACCUGCUGGCAGCGCUGGUGUUGAUGCCUCUGGGGAUGCUGUCAGACCGAAUCCUUGUGGACGAGGCGCUGUGUCGGAGCUACCUCUGCUUGAGUGUGUGUCUAGUGAGCGCUGCCAUCCUCACCAUCUGUGCCAUCAACGUGGAGCGCUACUACUAUAUCGUACACCCCAUGCGUCAUGAGGUGAAGAUGACAGUUGGGGUGGUGGUGAUGGUACUAGUGGGAAUCUGGAUUAAAGCCAUUGUCAUGUCAGUGCUGCCUCUCCUGGGAUGGCUGCUCCAGGAGAACCAGGGCGUGGGGACUCCUUCGGUCCUCAUUCACGGUCAGAGACACUGCUCCCUCCACGGGACGGGAGGCCGAACCAUACGGCUGCUUUUCAUUGUCUUCUUUACAUUUAUCUAUUUUCUGUGCCCCGUGCUGAUCAUUCUGGUGGUCUACUGCAACAUGUUCAUGGUGGCACGGGUAGCAGCCAUGCAGCACGGCCUGCUUCCCACUUGGAUGGACACACCGCAACAACGGUCCGAGUCCCUCAGCAGCCACUCCACUAUGGCGGCCAGCCUUGGUGGAACUGGUGCCCGCACCACUCCUCAGAGGACCUUUAGCGGUGGGAAGGCUGCGGUGGUCCUGGUGGCAGUGGGAGGACAGUUCCUCUGCUGCUGGCUGCCAUAUUUCUCCUUUCAUCUCUACUCGGCUGUGGUUUCUACCUCUCCCGCCUCUCUGGCCCAGCUGGAGGAUGUGGUCACAUGGAUUGGCUAUUUCUGCUUCACCUCCAAUCCCUUCUUCUAUGGCUGCCUGAACCGGCAGAUUCGUGAGGAGCUGGGCCGACACCUGGCUUGCCUCUUCAAGCGGGCUGGGCCCAGCGAAGGGGAGCAGCUGCCCAGCCGCGAGGCCUCUAUUGAGGAGAACUUUUUGCAGUUCCUUCAGGGCACUGGAUGCAAUCGGGAGCCCUGCAACUCUCAUAGCAGAGCCAGCCCAGAGGAGCCAGAGACUGAGGGCCUUCAGGAAUCAGCUGUUCAGCAGAACACGCCAGCUGACUUCCACAUCCCAGGGCAGAUCCUUGAGGAAACCUCAGAGUUCAUACAGCGGCAACAGCUGAACAAUAAGCUACAUGUAUCAGAGAACUACUGCAAAACAUAACCAGAGCUGUACCUGCCUCUCAUGUACUGUCUUUUUUGCCAUCUACAUAUAAUCCAAUAAAUAUACUUAGUUUUACUCAUA